UAUAUUCCAUUAUUGGACGUGUAUGUGGAAAGUUCCUCUGGUGGCUGAUGGAAGCGGAGCUGCAGGCGGGUCUUGCUAGGUCUUGCUUGAUUCAUUAUCUUGACGCCUCGGGGCACCAAUCAGCUUGGCAUCGUAGGCGCUAACCUAUUGACGCUUCCUAGGACGAAACCGUGAUAUCCCCAGCACGAGAUCUGGUCAAAUCCGGGCAUCUUUCCCUCGAAGUCCACACUUUUGGAGAUCAAGAGAUAUACUCCUUAUACUCUAUUCCACAUCUGACAGUUUUCUAGCUACCUGUGCGGCAAUCGUUCAGCCUGUGGAGGCCCAAGUGCAUCUCUCUUACCGGUUGCAUCCGGUGUCCAACGAUAGUAUUGGUUUUACAGUGUAGGCUUCUGCUUCCCGGAUUGAGGCAGACCUGUGAGCAGAUAUUCUGGAGGUUCUCACGGGGAGGGAGAGUGUAUAACCCAGCCUGACGUCGGAAAUGUCCUGCUUGUGUACCCCCCUUGUGAACACCCACAUCCAUUACUUCAAACCAUGUCAGCGGCCGUAAAGAUCAUCUGGAAGUGUACCAAGCCGAAUAAUCAGAACCUCGUACAGCUUUACGAGCGGUUGAUGACCCAGGCAGCCCAAGCACAGGGCAUGGACACAGCUGUGAUCAGACACGGGAUCCACAAUACGACCCGCAUUGGGGGCAAGUAUGUCAAGACUGUACCGCACAUCACGGGCGACAUCGUGAACACCAAGAAGAACGUGGGUUUUGCCCUGCAUUACAAUAUCGAUGCCACUGGGCUCGCGGUGCUCCCUGCAACGUCAGCUGCUCCCAACCCCGAGCUGUGGGCGCUCCAGCACAAGCAUGGCAAAGGAUUCGUUUUGAUUGACUCGGAGAGUGGCAAGGAAGAUGUGCGCGACAUUGACUGAAGCGUGGAAGUAAGGGAAAGCCCUAGUAUUCGUUAUCUUGUAAAGUGCUCAGACCUACAAUUUUUCUUGAGAUAAAGCACAUGUAGUUUAUUGUAUUCGUAUUGUACGUUGUUCUGUAUUCAAAGCCAAGGCCACAUCCUUCAUCAGAUGAUUACGUCUGCCCGUCACCAAGGCGUGAACAUUUUGGAUCGAAACACAAUUCUUGGAGUGCAUACACAUUCCAAGACGCUGUGGGUGCAGCAAAUAAGCAAAGAAUAUUACAUCCAUAUAUCAUGUACAGAGA